AUGAUUUUCCACGAGGUUCUACGAGGAAAAACGGAGAUAGGGAAAUGGUCGAUGAAAAUGCUCGACUCCAUGUUUUGCGAAGAAGCGGAAUCUGUCCAUAAUUCAUGCGUACCAAGGUUAUGGCUGCGCCGUGCAAACCAGGCGGACACUCGUAGAUUGAGGGAGACGGAAAAGGACCGCAAGGCCCGAUGCUCGUUGUCUCAUGGUCCUCUGACCUCGAAUGGUACUCCAAAGGUCUGGGACCUGCAUAGGAAAUGGUCGAUGAAAAUGCUCGACUCCAUGUUUUGCGAAGAAGCGGAAUCUGUCCAUAAUUCAUGCGUACCAAGGUUAUGGCUGCGCCGUGCAAACCAGGCGGACACUCGUAGAUUGAGGGAGACGGAAAAGGACCGCAAGGCCCGAUGCUCGUUGUCUCAUGGUCCUCUGACCUCGAAUGGUACUCCAAAGGUCUGGGACCUGCAUAACAAAAUAUAUAUCUGUGGAGGUCAAGGAGGUCGUAAUAAUUAUGUAGUCAGUUCGACGGUUUUCAGCGUUGGUACCUGGAGGUGGGGAGUGGGGACCUGUGGGAACCGAGAGUCGGCGAGGGGCUGA